GGGGGUGAAUUUUGGAGCCAAACAAGACGACGAAGCGAAGCGACACACACAAAUCUCCAUAUAUACACAACUUAUAGAGUACUCGACAAGCUUUUAUUUUUCUAUAUAUAUUCUUUCGUCAUCCAUUUUUUCAAUUCAUUUCUUUCCAAUUCACAAUAAUAAUUCGAAUUAUUAUGAAUAAUGAAAUUCUCAGAUGCUCAGUUCAAAUCUUCAAUUUCUUCUCCAGUUGCUCGCAAGAAGCUCAAGUACACAAUCUUACAUACAGCUUCUGUACGUAUACAAACACACACAAUUCCUUUGAUUUCGUCAAUUAGUCAUAUUCCUAUUAAUUUUAUUCGACUUGAUCCGAAUCGUCCAUACACUAUAGGCCGGAAGUUGAGUAGAUGUGAUUACGUGUUCGAAGAUCGUAGAGUGAGUAAAAAGCAUUGUCAGAUUUUAUUCGAUGCUUAUUGUAAUAAAUUAGUUAUUGCUGAUGGUGAAUUGUUGGAUAGUUAUGGAAAUUGUUGUAGUGGUAGUGAUAGUGGUAGGGUUAGGGUUUCGUUGAAUGGUGUGUUUGUUAAUGGAAUUAGAGUUGGGAGUGGGGAGGUUGUGGAGUUGCGUGGCGGAGAUGAGGUGUCGGUUGUUUGUGGGAAUGAGGAAGGGGGGUGUAGUGUGGGGAGGAGGAUUGGUUUUGUUGUUGAGAGAGUUGAGUUUGUCGAGGAGGUUGUGGAUAGAAAGGGAGUUGGUUUUAGGGAGGGGGUUUUUCCGAGGGGAGAUGUAUUGUUGCGGAAAUGUAGGGAGAUUUUAAAAGAGGAGCCGAAGUUGUGCAUUCAGAAGACGAGGCCGGGGUUUGUUUGUAGAGGGAUAGAGAAUGAUGAUAGUGAGUUAGCGUUAAGUAAUCGAGGUAAUAAACAUGUAAGUGGAACGGCUGACUUACAAGAUGAAGGCUUGUUGCGAUACAAUAGUGUGUUUAUAGAUAAUGAAUUAAAAAAUAAUUUGGAUGGUGUCGGACAGCUGAAUUUAGAUUUAAUUCACACAGGGGUGAAUUGUGAGACCGAAUUGUGUGUAGUUAGUGGUAAGAAUUCACAGAAAAUAAACAGAGGUGAAGUUAUUGGGGAUCGUCUCAUGAAUAAUUAUAAGCAAAAGACAUCGUCGAGCUUAAUUGUUUUGCCCAAAGAUAUUUUAAUGGUUUCAGAGGUGGACUGUGAUCAUCAAUGUUCUACUGUUAAUAGUGAUGGAUUGAGGAAGAUUAAAGAUGCCCCUGUUCAUUCUGAAAAUGGUAUGGGAAAUGGCAAACCAGCUGCCGUGUCAGUUGGUUGUAAAGUUAAGAUGGAUGGUCCUGUACUUGAUUGUGUUUUGGAGAAUAAUAGUGAGGGCCACUUCGUCCCUCCGCCAGGAAAUAAGUUCUAUUUAAAUCGACUUCAUUUUAUGAGUCAUGGUUCAUCAGGACACGAUAAUGUGGUUUCCCUGCCAGAUCUACUUUAUCCUGUCAAAACCAUCGUACGACUAUUUAUCACGACAUUUACCAGUAAUAUUUUAUGGUUUUUAUCUUACUGUCAGAUACCAACAUAUCUACCAGUAACGAUUGUUUGCCACAAUACUGGGAAGUGCUGGAGUUCAAGCCUUGAUGAUAGGAUGUCAGUUCCUUACUUGGAUUACCCAAACCUAAUAGUGGUGUAUCCACAAUUUCCUGAGGCCAUAGCCUUUGGCCAAGACCGCAAGAAACAUGGCAUCGCUUGUCAUCAUCCGAAGUUGAUUGUAUUGCAAAGAGAAGAUAGUAUACGUGUCAUCAUCACUUCAGCAAAUUUGGUGCCAAAACAGUGGCUUUUUGUGACCAAUACUGUUUGGUGGCAAGAUUUUCCGCGCUUGAGUACACCGGACAUUAUCUCUCUCUUUACACAAUCAACUGAGGGGGAGGUAAAUCAAAAUACAAGAUCUGAUUUUGCUGCUCAGCUUGGUAAAUUCAUGGCAACAUUAAUAGCUGAUGUACCAAAUCAGGCUCAUUGGAUUAUGGAGUUGACCAAGUAUGACUUUAGAGGGGCGGUUGGGCAUCUCGUUGCUUCGAUACCUGGAAUCCAUUCUUCUAAGAUCCCUUGCAUUUUGGAUCCCAGAUAUUCCUUAAAUGGAGCUUCUUCAUAUAUUUCUGGGUCCUGUGGUAUGAAAAUACUAGGCUCUAUUGAAGCAUCAGUUGUUGGUUUGAGCCAUCUUUUUCGUGCUUCAGCUGAUUCAAGUGGCUCUCAGCUAAAGAGACUUGCAGUUUUUCUUGGAAAGUGCCGUGAGAAUGCAUAUGGAAUGUCCGAGAUUGUUUUGAGGAGAAAUGUGAAUAUACCGGCUGAUGCAAAUGCUGUAGCUGUUCUUAUUCCUAAUCCAGACAAGUUCAUCGAGGGAGGGAGAUAUUUGAUGUCAAGAAAUGUGUUGCAGCAUUGCUCUACAUCAGAUUGCAUUCAACUUGGGUUUCUACCGAGAAAUAUUGCAAAGUGGGUUGCUCCAUUGUCAGAUGCUGGCUUAUUUUCCUUUUCGGCAUACAUUUAUCGGAAAGAUGUUCUUGCAAGUGCUUUGGAAGGAAGCAACACAAAAGUCACUCUCAUACUCUAUGUCUCACAGGGAACUAGUUUUAUGGACAUUUCAGGAGUAACUCAGCCUAUACUUGUUUCAGCAAUAUGCUCACUUAUUGCAUCAAUUCAGAGAUCCUCUGGCCUAUGGAGACUUCAAGAGGUUCUGGGUCACUACAAAUGGCCUGAAGCUUUUGAGACUGAUUUCAUGUUUGGUUCAUCUUCUAUUGGCUCGAUCAGUGCACAAUUCUUGGCUGCCUUUUCAGCUGCAGCUGGUAAGCGGUCAUUGCAGUUCUCUGAAUCUGAGGAGUCUGACCCAGAUUGGGGCUGCUGGAGCAUUAGCCAGGAGAUGAGAAAACCAUCUAUUAAAAUCAUAUAUCCUACUAUUGAAAGGGUUAAAAGUGCAAGUUGUGGUAUCCUGGCUUCAAAGUACCUCCUCUGCUUCUCACAAAAAACAUGGCUUAGGUUGAGAAAUAUAGGAAUACUUCAUGAUGCAAUUCCUGAUCCCAUUGAAAGAGUUGGGCAUCCUAUGCAUGUCAAGGUGGGGCUAAGGCGAUUUCAGUCAAAAAUAAAGGCAUCUUCGUGUGGAUGGGUUUAUUGUGGAUCGCAUAACUUCAGUGCCGCUGCUUGGGGACGACCAAUGUCACGGCCAGGUGUAGUUGGGAGAAUUAAUGCAGUACUGGGUUCCCGACUUCACAUAAGUAACUAUGAAGUGGGUGUUGUUUUUAUUGUACCCCCUCCAGAUGCUUUAAAUCAUGUGAAUGAAAAUAAAGAGAGCUUGGAUGACAUUGCCCUACCAUUUGUUAUUCCAGCUCCGAAAUAUAAAGCAUACGAUAGGCCAGCGACAGCACAGGCCAUGAGAGAGGCAUUGGCUGAACUCACGGAGCUAGAAAAACAAAAGUAUGCUCGAGCAGAGAUAUUGGAAGAACCAGAAGAAGAGAUCCCCGAUGAAGAUGAGGAAGUGAUUGAGGCCACUGAUUAUGUUCCAGUGGAGAAGGAAGAUGACAAUGCAUAUGCUGAACAACUUUGGAGCCAAGUUGACUCAUCCCAAAGCUGUUGAGAACGCCAGAGAAUUUGAAAGGAUUAAAACUGUCAGAUGAUGUCUUGCUAAUGUCCAUAUUCCACCAGUAUCAUAUCUUGAUUUUAGAAGUGUACCAUUGGGCUCUUGUCCUGGACUCUGGAGAGAUAUGCAAAGAAAUUGAGCUCCAACAUUUUAAAGGUGGCGGAUUAAAUAGUUGUAUACUUGUAUUGUUUGGGAUCCAAUAUUUUUGUAACUAUAAAGUGGUCAAAGUGUAUAUAUUUCUCAUUUUAAGA